GUUGAAUACUACUUCAGCAUGCAGAAUUUGGCCAUGGACUUUUUCCUCCGACAACAAAUGGAUUCUGAAGGCUGGAUCGACAUUCCCGUCAUUGCGUCAUUCAACCGAGUCAAAAAUCUGACAACCGACGUGGGGUUGGUCAAGGAAGUCAUGCAGCUAUCAACACUACUGGAGGUCCGAGAGGACAAGGUCAGAUUGGCUUACGGCGAAUCCAAGCGCUGGGUCCUCCCAGAAGCGAAGCCGUCAGUAUUCCCCGCCGACCCGCCAAGCGACCCGAUGGUUUUGUCGCCUCACUCAGAUGCAGCGACAGCGGAAUUGGUCAACUCGAUCUCGGGUCUCGGCAUCGAUGCGAUGCCUGGUUCGGGCACUAUGAAUGGCGCUGCUGUUGGGUCGGUCCCAAAGAUGGCAUCCGGGGAGGUCGAGCAUGCCUUAAUGAAGAAUGCUUCCACCAGUUCAGCUACGAGCGUUUUGAAUGGUGAAGAAGGCGGAAUCAAGACCGACACGGAGACACCAGGGACAAGCAUGAGUGGGGACAGAGUGGAGGAGCUUGCGGACGAAAAGGAAUAG